AAUCGUCAAAUUUUUGAGUUUACAUCUUAUUGCAAAAUGCAUGUGGGAUAACACAUUAUUGCGUAUCAGCAUCCUAUUGUGACUGUGGAAACUACGGAAUUCUACACUGAGCGUGGCCCGACACGCUCUUGGCCGGUUUUUUACACUUUGAUACGUUGCUUUCCACGCCAAAAGGGUAUUUCGCUUCAAGUGUAGGCACUUCAUGUUGAUGAUUGGACCAUAGCUAUAUUAUAAUUAAUUAUGAACGUUAAAUUUAGUUACGGACGUAUGUAAUCGGAUGCAUAGGUAAUAUUAACGUCGGAGGGGAAGGAUGAAUUGGCUUUUUGUUUUAAUUAUGGUGGGACCGACUACCGCGAAAUUAAUAUCUUACGAUGAAAUUGAAGACUUGGUCAUUAAGUUCAUGGAGCAACGGUUAACAGAAAAUGAAAGACAGGAGUUAAACGAUGUGUUUGAAAUCCUCAGAAUGCCUCAAUAUGUGUCCGAAAGUUCUAUCAAAAAUAUGUCUAAACUUCAAAUGAGUCUCCUGUGCUUGGGAUGCCAAACAGCCGCAGCGGCACUUAUAGUCGGUGUAGUGAUUGGACUCCCAGGUGACGUUCUUGCUUCAGUAAUGACGCUGAUCUGCACGAUACUGGGCAUCGAGACUUACGCCGUGUGUAAAGGUGUCACGGAACUGUAUGUGCCUAUCCUGUCCUACAUAAUAAAGAACACCCCCGAAGCUGAGCCGAAGUCGUUUUGCGGGCUAGUCUUUCAAGUCGCGGAAGACCCCGAUGUCUGCGCCUACGAUGACCCCAGAUUCGACUGGCAUGUCCACCUCCCGGAUCCCGCUAUUAAAAAGAAACGCCCGACCUACAGAAACAAGCCCCCGAAAGUAGCUUUAAUCACAUACGCACACAAUGACCCUUUAUACAAGCCGAAUGCAGUGGCCGGCUGCACUGAACCUGCUUGCUGCCGUGCCGGCCAAACUGCUCAAACCUCCUUCGACUCCUACAUUGAUGAUUCGAUUUACGAAAAAGUCUUAUAAAACACGGAUGAAAUGUUGUUGGAUUUGAAUGCGGCUGCGUAUAUUAGAAAGAUGCACUAUGAGAUAGUUAAACGUCAGAAAGUUGCCCCUGCUGGUUAUUGGGGCGAUUACAGAAAUUGCGAUACGCCGCUCUGGACGUUCGAUGACGUGAUCGACAGAAUUUCUGAUGCACACAAGAGCGUCGACGUAGUUUACUACAUGGGUGACACCAUUGACCACCACGUUUGGGAGACCACAUACGAACAAAACGAGGCUAUGAACGGUUACGUUGUCAAAAAACUCAGGCAGAGCUUGGGCGACAAAGUGAUGGUCGUACCUGUCGUAGGCAAUCAUGAAUCGCAACCUGUAAACCUGUUUGCCCCAGCAUCCGUUUCUGGAGAAAAUCUAAACACGACGUGGCUCUACAAAUCGCUCGCCAAAAAGUGGAGCUACUACUUACCCGAAAAUGCCAGAGCUACAUUUUUGAAGCGUGGAGAGUACUCCGUGCUUCUCAGGCCGGGGCUUAAAGCUAUCGUUUUGAACAGCAACGUGGCAUAUAAGUUUAACUUCUGGCAAGUUUAUGAUCCUCUCGAUGCCAAAAAUCACUUGGAUUGGUUGGUAAGUGAGCUGUACACGGCGGAGCUGGCGGGCGAGAGGGUGCACAUACUAACACACAUCCCUCCUGGCGACGCUGACCUCACCUACACGUGGACCAGGGAGUAUAACAGAAUUGUGAACAGGUUCGCUUCAACGAUAGCCGCAGAAUUUAACGGGCACACGCAUGUGGACGAGUUCAGGAUCUUCUACAACCCCUCAGGCCAGGCCGUGCGGGUGGCGUGGAACGGAGGCGGCAUCACCACCUUCUACAACUUCAACCCUAAUUAUAAAAUAGUCAAGUUCCAUCCUUUCUCAUUUGAACCCACGAACAUCGAGACCUACAUCUACAACCUGACCAACGCAAACCUCAGCCCAGACCGUAGACCCCACUGGUUCAGACUCUACGACUUCAAACGAAAGUUCAGACUGCUCGACUUAUCGCCGGCCUCGAUGCAUGAUCUGGUCACCAGGAUGGUCACAAAAGAUAAACAACUUUUAGGAAUGUAUUCUGAUUACUUGUACAAGAUGAGCGACGCGAGACCACAGUGCGAUACAGACUGUCAACUGGAGGAACUGUGUAGAACCGUUGUCACCGUUUUGUGGGAAAGAAAGAAAUGCGAGGAUUUGAAGAAGUUAUACUAUAGUUUUAAAUAGAGUA